AUGACUAUAUCUACACUUAAUAGUGAUACUGCAAAACGCGGUUCUCAAAGCGGCGACAGCAAAAAUGGUGGGAAGGAAUUUACGUACGGAAAGAAGUGCUUCACAAGGGAGGAAUGGAAGGAGCAAGUGAGUAAGUAUUCGGCCAUGGGCGAGUUGUACGCAAAUAAAACAAUACAUUAUCCGUUGAAAAUCCAGCCCAACAAUAGCAGUGGUGCAAAAGGUGAUGGUUUUGCCACUAUACAGACCACUCCGAUAGAGCCCACGCUGCCUCGGCUCCUGCUGAACUACUUUGUCUGUAUGGCUUAUGAAGACUCGAGCAUCAGGAUGGCCAAGGAGCUUGGGUUCAUAGGUAAUAACAAGGAUGUUGCUCUUUUCAAUGACCUGUAUAAGAUCAAAGAGCGUUUCCUCAUCAAACGUCUUAUCAAGCUGGGUCAAAUCAAUAAGGCAAUGGAGGAGAUAAACUCGAUCUUUGGGCUGGAGGUGCUAGAGGAGACUUUCAAUGCUACAGAAAGUAAUGCGAGUAGAACAGAGAAGCAGCAACAGCAGCAGCAACAAUUCGAUAUCGAUGGAGACUUACAUUUCAAGCUGUUGCUGCUGAACUUGAUCGAGAUGAUAAGAAGCCACCAUCAACAAAAGGACGCCUCCAAGGACUCAAACGAUUUUAUACUUAAUUUGAUUCAGUACUCUCAAGAAAAACUUGCCAUAAAGGCUUCAUCUAGUAUCAAAAAGAUGCAAGAGCUGGAAUUAGCAAUGACUUUGCUACUGUUCCCCUUUUCUGACUCCACGGAUGGCAACAACAUCAAGCUACCCAAAUCGUUACAAAACUUGUACUCAAUAUCCUUGAGAUCCAAGAUAGCCGACUUAGUCAACGAAAAGUUGCUCAAGUUUAUUCACCCAAAGAUCCAGUUCGAAAUCAGCAAUAAUAAUUCGAAAUUCCCUGAUUUGUUAAAUUCCGAAAAAAAAAUAAUUACCCAGACGUUCACGGUGUCUAAUAAUAAUCUCAUUAAUGGUUCAAAUGGCACAAAAAUAAACCACAUUUCUUCCGACCAAGCAAUUAAUGAAAAGGUAGCAAACAACGAGGCCACGGCCACUACUAACUCGGUUUGGUUGAAUCAAAGGCAUGGAACUGCCGGUACAGAUUCGCCGACAACGACUUUUCAUAACUUGGAAAACAAAAAUCACUGGAAUCAAACUUCUGAAUUAUUAAUUUCCUCCGAUGCAAAGACAAAAUGUUUAGAAUUUAAUAAUUACUACUCUUCUGAAUUUCCCUAUGAGCCAAGAUUAACGCAGAUAAUGAAACUGUGGUGUUGGUGUGAAAAUCAGCUUCAUCACAACCAGAUAGGUGUGCCCAGGGUGGAAAAUUAA